AUAGAUCUUCACUGAUAUAAACCCAACCAGGCAUUUCUCAGCGUAGCCCACUGUCUGUUUCUCCGUCUCCCUAACGUAUCUCUUUGUUUUUCAAGCAUUUUUACUUCGAUUCUCUCUCCUUCUAUUUAAAUGGAAGCUCUGCGUCCGUUCUACACGGCCCAGUUCUCUGUUGCGCUCUCGCUUUCUAGCCCAGCGGUGCGGCGUCGACGUACGGUGCGGGCGGCGGCCGGAUUUUCCAGCAAGAGACUCCCAUGCUUGCAGCCGAUGAAAUGUGUUUUAGAGAAGAAGAAGGAGAAGAGGCUACUCCAAGUCAAAGAAACAGAUGAACCAGGGAGCCCUGAAGUUUACAUUCCAUGUGCCACUGAAAAGGCAGGUAUUGCAACUGAAACAUUUGCUACCAUAGAACAAGAAGAACAAGAGGAUAACAACAAAGAAAAGAAGCUUCUAACUAAUGUGCAGCGCAACAUUAUUUUUGUUACUUCCGAAGCUGCUCCUUAUUCAAAAACAGGCGGCCUUGCGGAUGUGUGUGGUUCUUUACCUAUUGCUCUUGCCGCUCGUUUUCACCGUGUGAUGGUAGUGUCUCCAAGAUAUCUAAAUGGCACCUCAGAUGAAAAAUAUUCCGCUGCUUUUGAUACGGGGGUCCGAAUAAAGGUUUCUUGCUUUGGAGGACAGCCAGAGGUUGCUUUCUUUCAUGAGUACAGGGCUGGUGUUGAUUGGGUUUUUGUUGACCAUCCUUCUUAUCACAGACCUGGGAACCCAUAUAGUGAUGAAAACGGGUCUUUUGGAGAUAAUCAGUUUAGGUUCACGGUACUAUGCCAUGCCGCUUGUGAGGCUCCCUUAGUACUACCAUUAGGAGGUUAUACUUAUGGACAGAACUGCCUAUUCCUCGUUAAUGAUUGGCAUGCAGGUCUAGUUCCAAUACUUUUGGCGUCAAAGUAUCGUCCUCAUGGUGUUUAUAAAUUUGCCCGCAGCAUUCUUGUUAUACACAACUUAGCACAUCAGGGGGUGGAGCCAGCAGCUACAUACCCCAACUUGGGGUUGCCACCAGAGUGGUAUGGGGCUGUAGAAUGGGUGUUUCCCACUUGGGCUAGAACACAUGCACUUGACAAGGGUGAGACUGUAAAUAUUCUAAAGGGCGCUAUUGUUACAGCUGAUCGGAUAGUUACAGUAAGUCAGGGUUAUGCAUGGGAAAUAACAACUAGUGAAGGUGGUUGCGGCCUUGAAGGCUUGUUAAGUAACCGAAAGACUGUUCUGAAUGGAAUCACAAAUGGUGUUGAUGUUGCUGAAUGGGAUCCUGCUUUUGACAAACACAUCCCAUUUCACUAUUCUGUCGACAAUCUCUCUGGAAAAGCAAAAUGCAAGGCUGCAUUGCAGAAGGAACUAGGCUUUGCCAUUAGGCCAGAAUGCCCAUUGAUUGGCUUCAUUGGGAGAUUGGACUACCAGAAGGGCACCGAUCUAAUCAUGAUGGCCAUCCCAGAGCUCUUGCAACAUGACGUCCAAUUUGUUAUGCUUGGCUCUGGAGACCGUCGAACUGAAAACUGGAUGAGAUCAACAGAGUCCAGCUUUAAAGAAAAGUUUCGAGGAUGGGUUGGAUUUAAUGUUCCAGUUUCUCACCGAAUAACUGCUGGGUGUGAUAUGUUGCUGAUGCCUUCAAGAUUUGAACCUUGCGGACUAAAUCAGUUAUAUGCUAUGCGAUAUGGAACUGUGCCAAUCGUGCACAAGACAGGUGGCCUUAGGGAUACAGUAGAAAAUUUUGAUCCAUAUGCUGAUGAAGGAAAUGGUCGGGGCACAGGGUGGGCGUUUACACCACUAACAACCGAAAGCAUGCUAAAUGCGCUUAGGCUUGCGAUCACUACAUUUAGGCAGCACAAAGCUUCAUGGGAAGGACUGAUGAAGCGUGGGAUGUCCAGAGAUUCUACGUGGGAGAAUGCUGCGUUGAAGUACGAGCAGGUAUUCGAGUGGGCUUUUAUGGAUCCUCCAUAUGUUAAAUAAAUUCAUCCUUUGGCUUUGUUACCUUGGCAAAUUCUAUGUUGCAGAAAGAGGCUUAAACCCUCUUUCAAUAGAAGCAAGUAAUGUAACAAUC